AUGGCUUCUUACGAAGACGAAUUCCGUCCAGUAUCUCCGCCCCAGGCCUCUCUGGAGGUCUCCAACCUGGAUAUUCGAAGUACCUGGAGCGGCAGCCUAGAUGAGCCCGUCAACUGCAGAAUCUCUAUGGUGGCCCAUUGCAUCCCCAACACGCAGCUGUCCAUCUUGAAUGUCAGAUCUACCGGAGUUUCUAUCGUCAAUACACAAUUGGUUCGGCUUCAGCCUGACCAGUAUAGUGAUGGUACUUGGUCAAGCUCGAGCUCCCCUUCCAGUCCUUUGUUCGCCUUUUCUUCUACAGCAACAGACUCUUACCCAGCACAUUCUCCAAUAUCUGGUCCAGAGCUUUCUGAGGGACAUGUUCGCGCAAAUAUCGAGAAUUCGGCUCGAGAUUUAGUAUCCUCAGUUGAUGGGACUGCUGGUGAUCACUCUGAUUGCCAUAUAGGAACCGAUCAGCUGGGUCAGCCUUCGGCUCAUACGUCAUCUGUAUCCGAUAUUAGCGAUGAGUAUACUAGGAUUAUUGAUGCUAUCAAGCAGCAUAAUCUGGGGAAAAGAAGUGCUGCUGCCGCAGGCCUGACGGACUCUCCGCCGGGCUCGGAUACGGAGGAUCAUAGUAGGAAAGCUACGCGGAAGGAUCAUAUUACCAACAUCAGUCCUGCAAAACCGGAACAUGAAAGGGAAAUACUUGAGGGCUGGGCAGACCACGAUAGACACCCAGUUUCCGUUGCGAAGGAAAGGCACAAUGAUCCGCCCAGCGGGGCCCAAAGUGACCAUAUAACACAAGAUAUUUCUUCCAGCAGUAUGCACCAUAAGGGUAUAGCCAGUGCUUUUGAGGUCAAGGGAAUAGCAAGUGAUAUGCAGCUCGAGGCCAGUGAUGCCUGUGCUACUCUCGACUCAUCACCAGCGCACCCAGACACGGGCGAAGGACCAGAUUGUAUACUUGAACGGCCAGUGAUGGAGCGGUCCAGCUUCGGUGAAGUCAAUGCAGACUUCUCUUCAAUUGAUAAAAUUACAUGGUUACCUGAGCCUUCACAUGAAGGUACCGUAAAAGCAUCCGGCAAAGUGCGCAAAGGCCCCUCCAGGAAACGUUCAAAUGCGGGCUCAUCACUGUCCGUUCCAGCUGUGAAAGAAGCGCCACUAUCCAUUUCCAGCCCCAGGGAGGCAUUUAUGGUAGCUGAUAGCGAACCGAAGGAAAUUACAGAGCCUCGACUACUUCCAAAGCUCACCAUACCGCAACCUUCUCAUGAAAAGACUACGGACGAAAAGGGAACCUCCACACAAAUCGAUGACGAGUCACGCUCGAAUGUACACUGCGAACCAGUUUUGACUAUUGACAGUGGUACUUUAAUAGUCAAGAAUCCUUCCAAACUUCAGCCAGGACACUACAAGUUCAUUGUUACUGUAUCCGUGUCCCUGUGGCAAAGAAAGCAGAGCGGAUGGAAUGAUUUAGUAAUCCAAGGCCUACCUAAGUUGGUAACUGGCGAGUUUGGGUACCUUCUCUUUCUCAUGCCAGAGGAACAUGGUCUCGAGUUCCGCACCACGAACUUACAGAGACAUAAGGUCGUGGAAAAUUGCUUCCUGGGUGAGUUCAGCUAUGCGGGUGACCUUGUGAUCCCGUUGCGAAGGUGCGACCGGACAUUUUACGGAAUUGUCAAGGACUUUACGGUGCACCAGGAGAUCAGAGCCGAAUAUGCAGUGGCCUCUGCCAGAGCUGAAAGUCCGCCAGAAUUGCAGGCAACAUACCACGCCGUCUGCUCUGUCAGACUGCACAACCGUUGCUUUUGGGCCGAAACAUGCUGUCUCAUUCUCUCUGUCGACGGGGGUCCAGAUAGUGUUUACCGCAGUAACCUUGAUGCUCAAGAAAGCGGUCUAAAGAUGAUUCAUAUUCCAGCAAGGGAGAACGUCGUUCGGCUUCCCCAACACCAAGCAAUCAGUUGGCUCCCACGAAUUUAUCCGGGGUUUACCAGCCCGAGUGACCGUGUUAGACACCACCUCCGACGAACAUUCGAAAAAGUGGAGGCUGUAUCAGUCUCACGUAUUGAGCGUUCUCGUGGCUACGAAAUGGAGGAACCGGGAAUUGAUGGCUCGAAGAAGCCUGCAGAUAAAAGUGCCGUUGCUGUUGUCGCGGACCUACCUGGUGAGGACAAACAGCCAUUGGAUGGUUGCACAAAUGAGAGCAUUCCAAGAUCAGAUAACAUGAUACAGAAGAUGAGACUCAUCUUCAUAUGCGCUAUCUAUAUUCUGGGGACCAUUUUAGCGUUCUGGCUCAAAAAUACCAUCAUUGAUGCUGUGGCUUCGCCAACUAAGGCAACACCCACUGUUGCCGAUUUGGCUGCGGAAAGCCUUAACAUGAGUCAACCGACGACAGUACAUUGGCCAAGCUACAUCGGUCAGCCCGAUAUGUCAUGGGAAGGCAAUUCCAAAGAUGAUCCAACGCCAGGAGUCAGUAUUUCUGUGGAGGCAAACGAAGAGGUAACAAUGGUUGCUGAGACCACGAAAGUGGGCCACGAGUCUACGAGGUCGGCACCAGCUGCACCGCAAAGCCCUGAGUCACCGCAAUCUGAACAUGAGUUAACUUUUCGGGAUAGGAUUGAUUACUGGCUUGGAUGGCGGGGCCCAGUGGAAAGUGAGAUUCACGGCGAGACUGUCGCAUAA